AUGAAUCCACCUCCUCAGGGCGAACAAUCCCGUCUCACAGACAUUCAGGAAGGGAUAGAGACCAGUUCUUUUCCGACUUCUGCAUCACCUGGUCAACUUCCCGAAAAUGUUGCCAAUUGCCCCGAACGAGACUUGCGUUGCCUAUCGUUCUAUGCCCCUCCUCCAAUAGAACGACAUCCCUCCCCACCAACAGCCUCUCUACGACCGCUGUACGCGAGAGGACGAUCACAUUCCGUCGUGUCUGUCGACUUUUUCGAUCCGCAGGGUGUUCGACAGCUGUCGAGAACGCUGAGCCGCCAGAGCCAACAGACUCAGAGCAGCCAUCACACCGCAGCACCGUCAACCAUUUCUGAAGACGCGUCUUCAGAUUCCGAGGUUACCCUACCUGCCGGUGGAGACAAGCCAGUGGAUUUUGCCAAGAUUCUUCGUUAUGUCCUCAGAAGACGUGACGAGGAGGAUAUCAAGUCUCGUUAUCUAGGCGUUGUGUUCGAGAAUCUGCGGGUCGUUGGGUUGGGAGCUUCUGCUAGUUUUCAACCGACGCUGGGCUCAUUUCUCAAUCCUCUCAACCUUAUCUCACAAAUAAAAACCUUGCGACAUCCACCUCUGAGAACGAUCCUGAAUGGCUUCACUGGAGUUGUUCGCCCCGGGGAAAUGCUUUUGGUCCUUGGACGUCCAGGAUCAGGUUGCACCACUCUUCUGAAGGUCCUCGCCAAUCUACGUUCGGAAUACCACUCAGUCGAAGGAGAUGUCUUUUACGACUCGCUCACGUCGGCACAGGUCGCUCAACGUUAUCGUGGUGAUGUUCAGUACUGCCCCGAAGACGACGUCCACUUCCCAACUUUGACUGUGGACCAGACUCUGCAUUUUGCUACCAAGACACGAGCUCCUCAAACACGUAUUGACGAGACCUCAAGGGUUGAUUAUUCUCGUCGGGUAACGGAUAUCCUGAUGACUAUUUUUGGCCUCAACCAUGUAAAAGAUACGCCUGUUGGAGACGCCUCCAUUCGUGGAGUGAGUGGCGGGGAGAAGAAGCGAGUCUCAAUAAGCGAAACUCUUGCGACUCGAAGUUUGAUAACUUCCUGGGACAAUUCGACCCGGGGCCUCGACUCGAGCACUGCUCUGGAGUUUGUCCGCGCCUUACGAAUCGCCACGGAUCUGUGCAAGAAUACAACCCUUGUCUCCAUUUACCAAGCCGGAGAGUCUCUUUAUGAGAUUUUCGACAAAGUCUGCCUCGUUUACGAAGGCAGAGAGGUGUACUAUGGACCCGCCAAUAUGGCACGACAGUACUUCAUCGAUAUGGGCUACGUUCCAGCUCCGAGGCAGACGACACCAGAUUUCCUUGUUUCCGUGACGGACAAGCUAGGUCGGGUCAUGAUCAAAGACGAGGACGACACAAGAAGUCAGGAAGCGGGGAGCCCCCCAAUACCGCAGACUGCCGCCGAGUUUGAGCAAUAUUUCAAGGAGUCGGAGGUCAUGAAGAUGAACCUAGAGGAUAUUGCGGCCUACAAAGCUGAUAACGUGGACAAACGCGAGAAGGUAGACUCUUAUCAUGCGAGUGCCAAAGGAGAACAAGCUCGCCAUACUCGAACCCGAAGCCCGUACAUGAUUUCGAUCCCCAUGCAAGUGCGAAUAGUGAUGCUCCGACGGAUCCAGAUCAUGAAAGGCAAUCUCACAGCUCAGGCCCUACAGACGUUCACGUUUGUAAUGCAGGCCGUUAUUCUUGGUACUCUCUUCAUCAAGAUACCUGAUUCUACCUCUGCCUACUUCUCUCGCGGCGGUGUUCUCUUCUUCUCCGUGUUUGCCCCGUCGCUGUUUAGUUCAUCCGAAAUACCUGCAUUGUUCGCACAGCGACCUAUACUUUCGCGACAUCAAAAAGCUGCGAUGUACCAUCCGAUGAUUGAGGCUCUGGCUUUGACCAUUGUCGACAUUCCUUUCACGCUGGUCACGGUGAUCCUCUUCACUGUCAUCAUCUACUUUGUCGUUCAGCUUCAGCAAACGGCUGCCCAGUUCUUCACAUUCUUCGUGUUCAUCCUAGCAAUCUGCCUCGUCAUGAAGGCUUUCUUCCGUGGAUUAGCGGCUGCAUUUCGGGACGAAGCACCAGCACAGGCUGUAGCUGGUGUAAUGCUGCUCCUACUGUCCUUGUAUACAGGCUACCAGAUUCCACGACCGUCAAUGAUUGGUGCUCUUCGGUGGAUAUCAUAUAUAAAUCCUGUCCUGUAUUCCUUCAGCGGUAUCAUGACGAACGAGUUCCACACUCUGGACGGCGAAUGCUCAAACCUUGUACCCUCUGGACCCGGCUAUGAGGGCAUAUCUCUCAGCAAUCAAGUCUGUACGGUAGUGGGAUCCCAGCCAGGGCAGAGCACAGUAACCGGAAACAUUUAUCUCGCACUGUCAUUCGAAUAUUACUACAGCGACUUGUGGCGGAAUUUCGGUAUAAUCAUUGCCUUCGGAGUCUUCUUCAUGCUCUGCUUGUUGAUCUUCACGGAAUUCAACACCGGCCUGUCCGGAGAAAGCUCUGUUUUGUUGUUCAAGCGAGGCUCAAAAGCUCAAGUCGUCAAAGAGGCCGAAGCUACGACCACUUCACGACCCGACGAAGAGAAAACACAGAUACCUGAUCAGCCAACCUCUGUCAACAGCGAGGAGGAGGAGGAACGGAUGAAGAAGGCGCUUGCCGAUCAACCGAAGAUGAAAGACGUGUUCACUUGGUCUAAUCUGAGCUAUGUCGUCCCCGUUACCGGCGGAGACCGCAAACUUCUGGAUGAGGUUUCUGGAUAUGUUGCUCCUGGGAAGCUGACUGCUCUGAUGGGCGCCUCUGGCGCUGGAAAGACCACUCUUCUGAAUGUUCUUGCCGAACGAGUCAACACGGGGGUUGUUACUGGUCAUCGUUUCUUCAAUGGACAAGGCCUUCCAGCGGAUUUUCAGGCACAAACAGGGUAUUGUCAGCAAAUGGACACCCAUGUAUCGCUUCAAACUGUUCGCGAGGCUUUGCGAUUUUCAGCUCGAUUGCGACAGCCUGCCUCUGUGCCGACGUCAGAAAAGGAUGCCUAUGCCGAAAAGUGUUUGGAAAUGUGCGGAUUGGAGCCCUUUGCAGACGCUAUCGUUGGUUCUCUGGGAGUUGAGCAAAAGAAGCGGACGACAAUAGCUGUUGAAUUGGCUGCAAAGCCGAAAUUACUCCUAUUCCUGGACGAACCAACUUCUGGCUUGGACUCUCAAAGCGCCUGGGCAAUUAUGUCUUUCCUACGCAGUCUUGCCGACAACGGCCAGGCUAUUUUGUGCACCAUACACCAGCCUUCAGCCGAGCUCUUUUCGGUUUUCGAUAGGUUACUUCUUCUGCGGAAAGGUGGCCAAACUGUAUACUUUGGCGAGGUUGGCGAUAGUGCACAGACCAUAAUCGAUUACUUCGAAGCCAAUAGUGCUCGGAAGUGCAAGUCUGGAGAGAAUCCGGCCGAAUAUAUGCUGGACGUAAUUGGUGCCGGUGCUACUGCGACGACCGACGUUAAUUGGCGUGAAGUAUGGCUGAAUUCAAACGAGUCCAAGGAAGCCACCACGUCGAUCGAAAAGAUACAUCAACAGGGAAGAAACUUGCCCCCUGUGGAUUCAACAUUUAAGAGCCAGUUCGCCACCUCUUGGGCUUACCAGACUCGCGCGCUUCUCAAACGACAGUAUUUGUCCUAUUGGCGCAACCCGACAUAUCUCAUGUCCAAAAUGUCGUUGAACAUCAUCGGAGGGCUUUUGAUUGGCUUUACCUUCUUCAAAUCGAAGGAUACCCUUCAGGGCAAUCAGAACAAGCUUUUCGCAAUCUUUAUGGGAACGAUCCUGAGCGCCCCUCUUGGACAACAACUUCACGUACCCUAUAUCAGUUCCCGAAAUAUCUACGAGAUUCGGGAACGCGAAAGUCGAAUGUACCAUUGGUCCGCUUUAACCACCGCACAGAUACUGGUUGAGAUUCCGUGGAACGUCCUUGGAUCCACACUCUUCUUCUUGUGCUGGUACUGGACCGUCGGAUUCGCCAGCGACCGCGGUGGAUACACCUACUUAAUGUAUGGUGUCUCGUUCCCUCUCUACUACACGACGAUUGCUUUGGCUGUGGCAUCCAUGAGCCCGACUGCCGAGAUCGCUGGACUCAUGUUCUCCUUCCUAUUCUCUUUUGUAUUGACCUUUAAUGGUGUCUUACAACCUUACUCGCAACUCGGCUGGUGGAGGUGGAUGUACCAUUUAUCACCAUUCACGUAUCUCAUUGGAGGCAUUCUGGGUCAAGCUAUUGGAGAGCAGCCUAUCAAUUGCUCGUCGACAGAACUCGUUACUGUCGAACCACCAUUCGGUCAGACCUGUGGAGCAUACAUGGCCCAAUACAUCUCUUCUCGAGGAGGAUACCUCGCAAAUCCUAAUGCAUCAAGUGGCUGCUUGUUUUGCUCUAGUCGGACAACGGACGAAUGGAUGGGCCCAACGUUUAAUAUUUUCUACAGCCAGCAUUGGCGGAACUUUGGCAUUUUCUGCGCAUAUAUCGUCUUCAACUUCUGCGCGGUGUAUAUCGCGACGUACCUUGUCCGGGUCCGUUCGCAUCGCCGGGGUGGUGGUCACGUAGCCCAAAAAGUCUCCGAGCUCUGGGACAAAUUCAAGAAAUCGUCUUGA